CAUAUUAUAGCUCGCCAGAAGGAAAGAGAUUAACUCAAAUCCUUCUUGGUCUCUCUCUCUCUCGGGGGCGCUUGCUUCUCUCUGGACAUUUUAUACCUUCAGUUGUUUGUCUCUUGGGAUCUCUACCUUUCAUAGACAAAAUGCCUCGCGGAACUCUUGAAGUUAACCUUGUCAAUGCCAAGGGUCUUAAAAACACAGAGAUUUUUGGCAAAAUGGACCCUUAUGUCGUCAUCACCUGUAAAAAACAGCAGAAAAAGAGCACGGUGGCAACAGCAAUGGGGUCCAAUCCAGAAUGGAAUGAGAGCUUUGUGUUCGGCAUCUCUGAUGAUGUCAAUGAACUUCAUGUGAUGAUAAUGGACAAGGACAGCGGGAGCAAGGAUGACUUUGUGGGAGAAUUAACUAUUCCACUGAAAACUCUCUUUGUGGAAGAGAAGCUACCACCAAUGAAGUACAAUGUCCUAAGGAACAAAAAGUACCAUGGGGAGAUUAAACUUGGCCUCACCUUCACUCCUGCGGUACACAAUGAUCGGGACUUGGACUUCGUAGGCGGAUGGAAGGAGUCCUCCAGCAGCUAUGGUUGAUGGAACGAGUCGAGUUGCUAGGAGUUUAUGUACUUUAAAUGCAAGUUUACACUCUUGGCUUAGGAGAUUUAAGGGUUCCAUUGCUAAUAAUAUGUGAUUUGCCAUUAAAAAAAGACAGUACAUAUUCCAUUUUUGAGAAGUUCCUUUAGGCUCUUGUGAGGUUGAGCAUUGUUAUUUCAUUUGGCUGAA